UACGUUGUAUUCGUUCGAUUCUCUCUCGGCCCCCAAAAGUGAACAAAGCGGUCGCACGAAUAUCGCAACCCUUCUCACAUCUAAAGAAGCAACGCAAACAUUACUAGAUUCUAAAUAGGGAGCCGACUCUCCUUUAAAUGCCUCUUACUCGCACUAAUAAAAAUACCCUGCUGAAGUACACCCGUAAUCGACUAUUAUCAUGGAAGUCGAAGACGAUUCAUACCAACAUGAUAGUUCAGAUGAUGCCGACGAGCCAGCAGGUGCUCCCAUAUACGAGGUGCCCCAAAGGAAAAUAGUCGCUAUAGAACACCCUUGCGUCUUACUCAAUCUCGACAAGGGACUCGCCACAUUCGGACAAGAUCCUGACUUCCAUAAACUCCUUGCGGAUACAUCAGAGCCUAGUUCAGUCCCCUUGUGGUUUCGGCCAGAUAAUCCUACAUCCAAACCUAUUGUAUCACAUCAUACAGCAACAAACAACAUUCUACUCAAGAUCACCGUCCCUAAAAGAACGGACAGGAAGCGGAAGCGAGGGAGUAAUGACCCAUUCACAGGCGACGUUGACAUCACGGAUCGGACAUCUGUCUCCUCGGAAGCUGAUCAAGUGAGCUCCGUAAGCCGUCAUGAUACGCCAAAAUCUAUCCUUCGGAAAAUGCAAGACAACGCCGACAAUUAUCAAGUAGAAGCCGUCGGAAACGUUCAGGAUACCCAUAGAUACCGAGGUUUGGCAGAUUUCCAAUUCGCGAACGCGCAUGGAUCAUUCUUAGCGAAAGCUGCGGAUCAUUUGCUUCCAAUGAAAGUUUCAAAAUUGAGAGAUCUCAAGCUGGCCUCUGGUGUAGCGACGGAGCCUGGCCAGGAGAUAAUACCUCCGCCGCACUUCACAGACAAAGUUGUUGGAUUUAGUUACAACUAUGAACAGAAUCCAAACACCAAGAUAGAAGAGCAUAUGACAGGGGCGCGGCAAUUAAUCAAUAUCCAAGGCAGGAAAAAACAUUCGUACGGAUAUUUCAUUAACAAUAGCAAAUACCCUGUGCCUCAGAAGCCUCGACGGGAACCGGAAACACAAAUGCCGGAAGAGUUAAUGAGUCAACUCCAUGAAUUAAUGGAAGAAAGACCAAUAUGGACACGACGGGCCAUUCUUAAUCGUGUGACGGGUAGGUACUCCGACACGGUCCUUCGAAUCAGCCUUCAGAUCGUCGGUUAUCAAUUCAGAGGCGGCCCUUGGCGAGAUGCUUUCGUCAAAUAUGGCGUCGAUCCUCGUCGUGAUCCUAAAUUUCGGGACUACCAGACUUUAGCCUUCAAGCUAGAGAGAAAUAUAGUCGGUACAAACAAAACGUCGUGGCAGGCGGUUAGGAAGAGUCAAAUGAAGAAACAAGCAAAAGAAAAUAGAGACAGUCACUUUUGGGACGGGAAACGCUAUUCAACGGACGGGAAGUUCUGGCAAGUUUGCGACAUAACAGACCCUUUUGUACGCAAGCUCCUCAACCAGGCGCCUAUGAGGAAAACUUGCGACCCGGAUGAUUCUGGCUGGUUUUACAGUGGCACAUGGGCGAAAGUCAAGAUAGCGAUGAAGGUGAAGAUGAUUGCUAUUAAACGGGGACGAAUGGGCUCGGACGAUGAUAAUCCGCAGAAGCCAGGGUUUUUAUACAACUCAUUCCUCGAAGAAAAACUCCGGCAAUGGCCUGAUAAGGGUGACAAACCACUUGGUUUAACGCUUGAGCCGUUGUUACGGCCAAUCGAAGAGGUCGAUACGAGAAUGCGCAAACGUCGAGCACCGACCAAGAAAUUCGAAUCUGUUACAGCGGAUGCCCCAUCAAGCCAAGGAGGCGAAGCGCCGGACAAUUUAGAGUCCGAAAGUAUACCAGGCAAUGAUGAUGACGUACCAGGCGACGAUGAAGAAGCAGCCUUAGAAGAGAACGACUGGGAGGUCGAUAUGCUAGACUGCAAUCUAGAUGACGUAGACAUAGAAGUAGAUGAAGAUGAUGAUGGAGAGGGGGAUGAAGACGGGGACGAGGACGGAGAUGGAGAUGGAGAUGGUGGUAUGGAAGAUUAUGACGGCUUCUCUGAUAUCGACGAAGACAUAGAGGAGUACGGUGAAGGUGAAGAGGAUGAGGCCGAGCAGGAACAGGGCGAAGAAGAGGAAGAAGAUGCAGAUGCAGAUGCGACAAUGGGUGACAACCUCACAUAUGACGAUGAAUAGAGAGACUAACCCUAUCGCAUCGGCCUCAGACAUAAAUCUGAGACAAUUCGGAAAUAACUACCUAGUUAGAUAAAGAAGACGAUCGUGUUGUCCUCUUAUUUGAACGUCGAUUCCUCUUCUUCUUUCUAUUACGGCUACCUGAAUAGCUACCAAAUAUCUACACUCAUGAGAAAGGAACAAUAGGAUAUCAGGACUCGCUAAUAACCCACGGAAACUAGGCCCUUACUAUCUUAGUAGUACCUAGGUAAUCAGCCAGCUUCCAGUCGGAUCGGAGUUGGGGGACGGGACCAUGUCUCAUUUGAUUAUGUCAUCAUUGGAGCUGGGGGUGGCAUUGAACCUCGGCAAGUCCGUUGUCCUCGGUCGUCAUUAUCGAU